CCUAACCAAAUAUUUUCUAACGGGAGAGAUAGAAAAUGUCAGUGCCACUCAAAUUAACGUCUUCCAUGUCAUCUACUCAAUGUCCAUCUUCAUUUUCACAAACAUCAAGCUCUGUGAAACUCAAGUCCCUGAUUCAAACUCUCAUCAUCUCUCAAGUUUGUCGACUAAUCCGCAAAAUCUACAGAGCUUCGUCCAUUCUUGUUAGAGUCUUGAGGAAGAAGCAAUACAAUCUCUUGUCAAUGCCUUCUUCGUUCUACCCAAAAAGAGCCUCAAAGAAACAAAAGAGUAAUAUAUUCUUCGGCUCCUUCAGACUUCACUACAACUUUUGCUCUACUCACGUGUUGCCUGUCUCUGCGCCGGUACGUCUCCCUGAGGAACUCUACUUGGCACAUCUCCAAUACGACUCUACUUGGGAGUCAAUGCAUUCGACUGAGUCGAUGGAUGAUGAUGAUGAUGAUAUUCAAGAACCCUCUCAGCUCUCUAGCUAUCUAAAACAGCUAGAGGACGAUAAAGUGAUUGACACAAAAGAAGAAAAAGAAGGGAAAGAGAUGAAGAUGAUGAAUGAGAUCGAUAAAUUGGCUGAUAUGUUUAUAGCCUAUAGUCAUGAGAAAUUCAUGUUGGAGAAGGUUGAUUCGUAUAGGAGAUUCCAAGAAACGCUGAAUACUAGCAGUUGAUUGAUGAUUAUGAUGGGUCCAUUUGCAUCUUUCAUUUCUUUUUAUGUAAUUUCACUUUUCCUUUUUUUUUCUUUUGAAUUCCUUCCUGGUGUUCUAAUUAUCUGGAAAUGUAUUGUAUUGGAAGCA